GCUCUGUUGUGCAGCUCUCCUCCGUCGAACAGCUACAUCAGAUCGUCAAAAUGGCUCCUACCAGAAAGAAGUGGUCCAAGGGCAAGGUUAAGGACAAGGCCCAGCACGCCGUCGUCCUUGAGAAGCAGGUCGCCGAGCGCCUCAACAAGGAUGUCCAGUCCUACCGUCUGAUCACUGUUGCCACCCUGGUCGACCGUCUCAAGAUCAACGGCAGCUUGGCCCGCCAGUGCCUUGCUGACCUCGAGGAGAAGGGCCAGAUCAAGAAGGUUGUCAGCCACUCCAAGAUGACCGUCUACACCCGCGCCGUCACCGCCGAGUAAAUGUCUUGACGCUAUGAAAUGAAUUCCUCGCGCGUCCUGUUUUUACUUUUCAAAGUGUGUGUGUACUACGAAAUGAUAUCAACUCUAUCAAAGCGGAUUUGAAGAAAUGAAAAUCU